AUGAGUGCAGAUAAUCUCAAUUCUGAACCUGAUGAUUCCAGCUCCAACUCCUUCACUUCACCACCUUCUUCACCUAACCACAAACCAAAACACCCUAAAACCAAAACUAUCAAGAGAAGCCGAGAUUCCAGCACCAAGCACCCUAUCUACCGCGGCGUUCGAAUGCGUAACUGGGGCAAAUGGGUGUCUGAAAUCCGUGAGCCGAGGAAGAAAUCACGGAUAUGGCUCGGAACAUACCGGAACCCUGAAAUGGCUGCUCGUGCACACGACGUCGCUGCACUUAGCAUCAAGGGUAACUCGGCCAUUAUUAAUUUUCCGGAUUUGGUUGGGUCGUUGCCUAGACCAAUUUCGUCGUCUCCAAGGGAUGUACAGGCUGCAGCAGCUAAAGCAGCUGCCAUGGACACGUUUGACUUUCCACCUGCACCCUCCACGGUGGAAUCGGAGCCGGAGGAACUGAGUGAGAUAACGGAGCUUCCAAUUCUUGGGACGAGUUUUGAUUCUGCUGAGUUGAAUAACGAGUUCGUGUACAUCGACUCGAUGGUGGAUGGAUGGCUCUACCCACCACAUGAAUGGACUAAUAAAAGCGGUGACGACGAGGGUGGGCAUUUUUCCGGUCAGAAAAAUGUGGUUUCCAAUGAAUUUGAAUCUUUAUUGUGGAAUUAUUAA